AUGGCAACGUCGGGAACAUACGUGACGGAGGUUCCGCUGAAAGGAACGGCGGAGAAACACUACAAGAGGUGGAAGGCCGAGAACCAUGUCUUCCCUGACGCCAUCGGCCACCAUAUCCAAAACGUCACCGUUCACGAGGGCGAACAUGACUCUCACGGAUCUAUCAGGACUUGGAACUACACAUGGGGUAUAUGCAUAUUAAAUUACGUAUACCUUUUCUGUCUCUGUAUAUUUUAA